UGGCUGGUGAAUUCACAAUGUGAUUUUAGUAUAAUCUGUUUAAUUCAUUAUUCCAGUCCCACCCUACCGGAUUUCAGGCGCUUGAUUGAUUUCCAGUUUGCUGUUGAGCAAACCAACAAGAAUCCAGCCCGGUUACCCAAUGUGACUCUGGGAUACCAUAUAUCUGAUUCCUGCGGGAGCCCAAGGAAGGCUGUGAGAAGUGUGUUCCAAAUAUUAUCUGGUACCAGGGAGCCGGUUCCCAAUUACUCCUGUGUGGGAAAGAGAAACAUUGCUGGAUUUAUUGGGGACCUUUCAUCAGAAACAACUGUUCCCAUAGCCCAGAUUCUAAGCAUUUAUGGAUAUUCCCAGAUCAGUUAUGGAGCUACAGACCCAUCACUAAGUGAUAGAAUCACCUUCCCGUAUUUUUUCCGGACAGUACAGAGUGAGGAAAGCAGUUAUUUUGCUUUAGGAAAGUUGUUGAGACAUUUUGGUUGGACCUGGGUUGGAAUAAUUACAUCUGAUGAUAUCAGUGGAGAUGAAGAACAUCAGCACCUGAGCAAAUAUCUCUACAGUGAAGGCAUCUGCAUAGAGUUCACAAUAAGGCUGAACAUUAAUGAUCACACUACUAAACAUCUAGAACGUGAUUCUGCCCUUAUUCACAGCUCAUCUACCAGCAUUAUUUUACUCUGUGGAACAGUUUCUGUCACUAUUCUUUUAAGAUUAUUUAUGGUAAAAUCUCUGCUUCAGACAAAGACACUGAUCCUGUCCACUAACUGGGGAGCCAAUGAUAUGGUCAUUCGUUUUGACCGAGAAAUGUUUAAUUGCAGUUUGGUGUUUGUGCCAGGCUAUCAUUAUCAUCUAGAUACUCCAGAAAUGAAUAUUUUUUUAGAAAAUUUACAUCCUUCAAAAUUCCCAAAGCUCAAGUUACUUGAAAAUAUUUGGAUGAUCUUUCAUUUCUGUUUGUCAAAAAAUCCAAACAAGAACCAUUUGUAUGAAAAUAUCUAUGAUAUUACUCUCCGUAACUGUACUGGACAGGAACCUAUAAGAGCCCUUCCCUACUUUACUGCUGAUUCCAGUUCUCCCCAAGUCCAUCUUGCAGUAGAUUUGAUGUCUCAGGCAAUUCAUGAUAUGAGUGAGAAAUCUGUGAGGAAAAGAGAAAUGUAUGAUUAUGUGUACAAGGUAAUUAUCAGAAUUAAUCUGCAUUAUUACUUAAAAACACUUACAAAUAACUCGCCUGAUGGUCCAGCCUUCUCCUUUGAUGAACAUGGGGAAUAUAUCACUGGAUACCGGAUUUGUAACUACAUUAUAUCUGCUGGUACAGGCCUGACCAGGAACAUCAUUGGCCAGUUCUCACCACAAGCUCCAAAAGAUCAGCAAAUUAAAAUGGAUAUAACAUCAUUUAGAUGGAAGAGAAACACUAUCCCAAGAGCUCAAUGUUCAGACAACUGUCUCCCCGGCUUCAGGAAGGCACCAAGUUCCAGAGCCCAAUCCUGCUGUUAUGAUUGUGUCCCGUGUUCUGAGGGAGAGAUCUCCAAUAUAACUGACAGCAUAAGCUGCAUCAAAUGCCCAGACAUGGAAUGGCCCAAUGAAAGGAAGAAUCAAUGUAUUGGAAAAACGCAGGAUUUUCUUUCAUAUAUCAAUGAUUACAUUUCUGCAUUUUUUUCUUCUAUUGCUAUUUUCUUUUUCCUUAUUGCUCUGGUGAUAAUGAAAGUGUUUGUUACACACAUAGACACCCCCAUUGUGAGAGCCAACAACAGGAGCCUGAGCUUCCUUCUCCUUGUCUCCAUCAAGCUGAGCUUCCUCAGUGUGUUUCUGUUCCUCGGUCGCCCUGUGGAUAUAACCUGCAUGCUGCGCAUCAUCACUUUUGGAAUCACCUUCUCCAUAGCUGUCUCUUCUCUCCUGGCCAAGACUAUCAUGGUUUGUGUUGCUUUCAAAGCCACCAAGCCAGGGAGCUCAUGGAGAACAUGGAUGGGAGUCAAAUUGCCCAAUUCUGUAGUCUUGUUCUGCUCAUCCAUUCAAAUAAUAAUCUGCAUGACUUGGUUGGCCAUUUCUCCUCCCUUUCAGGAACUGGACCUUCACACUUACCCUGGAACCAUCAUCAUUCAGUGCAAUGAGGGCUCAGCUAUUGGCUUUUACUCAGUUAUUGGGUAUAUGGGGCUUCUGGCAGCUGUUAGUUUUGUUUUAGCAUUUUUAGCUCGGACAUUACCGGACAGUUUUAAUGAGGCCAAGUACAUCACUUUCAGCAUGUUGCUCUUCUGCAGUGUUUGGAUCACAAUGAUCCCGGCCUAUCUGAGCACCAAAGGCAAAAACACUGUGUGUGUGGAGAUAUUUGCCAUACUCACCUCAAGUGCUGGACUUUUAACCUGUAUAUUUCUGCCCAAAUGUUACACAAUUUUAUUUAGACCUGAGAUGAACACAAAAUCUCAUGUAAUUGGAAACAAAGCCUUAUAA